AUUAUCACCAUGCGUUUAUUUGGCUACGAAUUGCAUUAUCUCCAUUUAUGCUAUGUGUCACACACAAUAUAUUAGGACCCCUCGAUGCCUGUGUAGAAACCCUGGUGAAAUAGAGGCACUGUAGGCGUUAAUUUUCUAGUUCCUGCGCAACACACACACACACACACACACACACACACAAUUCUGUCUAAAUGUAAGAGCCUCAGCAGAAAGCCGGAGGAAGGAUGACCGUUGCUUUACCGCUGAAAGACACAUCCUAUUCUUCUGCACGUGUAACGUUUUUUUCUGUCAAUAAUUGUUAUUAAACGGUCAGACAUCAGGCGAAUAGAGACGCACUGUUUUCUCUGAAUUAUUUGUGUUUUUCAAACCGCUGGAUCCAUCAUCACAGAUAAGCCUGCAGUAAAAGACCAGCAUGUCAAGCUCCUCUGAAACCCUACAGUUUUGUUUCCCCACCCAUGGUGACUCCAUCUUGAGCAAAAUUAAUACUCUAAGAGAGGAGCAGCGCUUCUGUGAUAUCACACUCCUCCUUGGGGGUACGCAGAGCGCCCCGGUCCAGCAGCCUCUCCACUUCCACGGUCACAGAGCAGUGCUCGCAGCGUCCUCGGACUUCCUACGUGACCAAUUCCUGCUCCACGAAGACCGGGCUGAGCUCAGCUUGGGUGUAGUUUCCAGUGUGGAGGUUGGCAAGAGACUUCUCCUGUCCUGCUACACGGGGCUCUUAGAGGUCCCUCUGAGAGAAGUGGUGAGCUACCUGACUGCCGCCAGUGCUCUACAGAUGAGUCAGGUGGUGGAGAAGUGUUCCCAGGCUGUCUCCCAGUAUCUCAGUCCCACACUGGUUUCCUUGAAACUGGAGAGACACUCAGAAAAGGCAGUCCAGCAGCCUGACAGUGACUGGCCAAAUACCAGUUUCAAAAAUCAGGAGGAAAGGGAUGCAGCCCGGCCCAGCAACAGCAUCCAGGAAGCAAUUUCCAAAGGAGGGCCGGUUGGGAGUCAAUCCAAGUCAAGGUGCAGCCAAGGAGUCAAGGGGGAUGGUCAAGGACUAAGGGAGGUCAGAGAUGAUGCUAGGAGGGUGGUGCUAGCUAAAAUAGAGUUAACUAAAGAUGCUGAAUCCUGUCUUGGUACCCUGGAGUCAGAGGAAGGGGAAGCCAUCCAACCUGUUCACACAAACAAGCCAUCCCAUCAAGUUGGCCUGAGAUGUAAGCUACACCCUCCUGCAGCUGGACAAGAUCAAAUAUCAUCCACAACCAGAGGAAGUUCUGCUCAACACAAAGAAUUGGGGGACACUUCCCAGGACAAAGAUGCAGAGGAGAAGCAAAAAGAAGAGGAAGAAACAUUGUUGCUGGCAGAUCCACUGCAAGAAUGUGGAGAGCUGAUGGACUCCAAUCGGUUUCGCCUCUCUGGAGCACAUCUGCCAAACAGUAAUAUUUCCGAAAAUGAGCUGACAGAAGAUUCAGGCAGCAUAUUGGUCCAGAGGCCAUACCUUUGCAGGAGGUGUGACAGAGUUUUCCAGCACCUGGAGAGCUAUGUGGGUCACCUGAAGAAGCACAGAGAGUACUUGUGUUUGGUCUGUGGGAAAGGCUUUUUCCAGAAGAGUUACCUGACCCGCCACAUACGCGACCACACUGGCGUCAAGCCUUUUCGAUGCCCGCUGUGCCACAAGACAUUUUCCCAGAAAGCCAUGCUGCAAGGCCACCUCAAUCUGCAAACAGGGCAUAAGCCCCAUAAUUGUAAAUACUGUGCUGUGCACUUUGCACACAAGCCAAGUCUUAGGCGCCACCUAAAGGACAUUCAUGGUAAGCUUGAGGAGACUGUGCACUGAUGAUAAAAAAACAGUAUCUAUAUUACUUUGACCAUAUGUCAAAUAUGGUAUCAGGAAGUACAUUAAGCUACAAUUGACCCUGACUUAGAGCGUAAUAAAGAUAGGGUAUUUCAAUUAAAACAUUUAAUUUUUUCUAUUAAAAAGCUUUAUUUUAAUUCGGCAAAAUCUCAAAGUAAAGAUGAUCUCACUUUCCACUACAUCUCUUGCUCUUGCCUCUAAUGCUCUUGCAUUAUAUAAUGUGCACAGCCAACCAAUUGUGUCUCUGUUCCCUCUACAACCAAAGGUUUUUCUGCUUUACCAAUAAAAUAAGCCAUUGAUAACUAUGCA